AUGGAUAUAGAUUUAAGAAGAUAUUUACUACAAAAUCAUCAUCUUUCAUGGAAAGAAAGAAUUCAAAUCACAUUUUAUAUAAUAGAUGCACUUAAUAGCAUUCAUAAAGAUGAUAUUAUCCAUAAGGAUUUGCAUUCUGGGAAUAUAUUAUACUUACAAUAUAAUAAUUAUUGGUACAUUAGUGACCUUGGAUUUUGUGGACCCGCUGACAUGCCAUCAGGAAGUAUCUACGGAAAUCUACCUUAUAUAGCUCCUGAGGUCAUUACCGGAAAAGCUUAUACUAAAGCAUCUGAUAUUUAUAGUGUUGGGAUGCUUAUGUGGGAACUCGCAUCUGGACAACCACCAUUUAACGAUUAUGAGAAUGACUAUGAUCUUGCAAUAAAAAUAAUAAAUGGAAUGAGACCAAAAAUAGUGUCAAACAUUCCUAUUGAAUACAAGAAAUUAAUGGAAGAAUCUGAUAAUUGUAGUAAUUCAAGUGCAAAGAAUAACAGCAGCGCAAAAUCGGGUAGCAUCUUUGAAGUCAACAACAAUAAGAGUAGCAAGAGAUUAUCCAGAGUAUUUAAAAAAUUACGAAUGAAUAUUUCCAAUACUAAUAUUAAUAAUAGUGAUGAAGCAAUACAUCAUCAAUCAAAGGAGCAUAGUAUUGAAAAUAGUGAUGAUGAUGAUAAUCCCAAUCUUCAUUUAAAAGUUCAAAAAGAUCAUUUAGAAAUACGAAAUAGAUUGGAAGUUCCUGAUAUCAACUUUAAAUCUACUUAG